AUGACUGAGGUUGUCUCGAGCAUCCUCGGACCUCUCGUGGAGAAACUGGCUUCAUCGGCUGUUGAAGAAAUUCAACUGGUAUGUGGCGUCAAGGCUGACCGAGAGAAGCUCAAGAACACGCUAAAGAUGAUCCAGGAGGUGCUCGCCGACGCUGAGCAGAAGCAAAUAAAAGAACCAGCUGUGAGGCGUUGGCUGUCGGAGCUUAAAGACUUCUGCUAUGAUGUCGAGGACGUGCUAGACGAAUUCGAAACCAGGGCCUUGUGGAGGCGGGCCAGGUUGACCGAGCGCUUGACCCUCAGAAGGAAGGUACGCUACUUGUCCUCGUGGCUAUCCAACUUGAUUUUCCAGUUUAAGAUGGCAAAUAAAAUGAAAGAGCUGGGAAAGAGACUUGACGGGAUCAAUGAAGAGAAAACUAAGUUCAACUUGUCGAGUAAUGUUCAAGAAAAGACUAUAGUUCCGCGGAGGGAAACUCAUUCUUUUGAACCCGCUUUGAAUGUGAUUGGAAGAGAUGAAGAAAAGAAAAUGAUAAUAGACCUGUUGUUGAGAGGAUCAGAUGAUGGUGGAGCUGGAAAGAUAGCAGUCAUUCCAAUCCUUGGAAUGGGGGGUACCGGAAAGACGACUCUCGCUAGAUUGGCAUACAAUGACGAUAGGGUAAACAAACAUUUCGAAGACAAAAAAGUUUGGUUAUCCAUGCCAGUAAAAUUCGAAGUUGAGAAGAUAGUAAGAGACGUCAUCAAGUCUCUUAGUGAUGAAGCAAAAUGUGAUAGCUGGAGCCUUGAAAAGCUGCAAAAACACCUAAGAGAACUCGUGAAGGACAAAAGGUGUUUGUUCGUAAUGGACGACGUGUGGGAAAUGAGGAGGGAGGACUGGGUGGGACUGAGAGAUUUGUUAGGGGGCGUUUCCGAAGGGAGUAAAGUCAUUGUGACUUCGCGGAUUAAAUCGAUCGCCGAAAUCAUGGGCACUGUCCCUCCGCUUCAUUUGGCCAACCUUUCGGAGGAGGAAUCUUUGACAUUGUUCGUGAAGUGCGCGUUCGAUCAAGGGCAAGAGCAGAAUCACCCGGACCUUAUGGCGAUCGCCAAGGAAAUCGUGGGCAAGUGCGGGGGAAAUCCUCUGGCGGUGAAGACUUUGGGAUGCUUGUUGUUUUCAGAGAAAAAGAACCGGGGCGACUGGGAACACGUAAGAGAUAGUGAGAUUUGGCAAUUACAAACUGAUAUUUUACCUUCACUGAGAAUAAGCUACGAUCUAAUGCCGUCUUACUUGAAACGAUGUUUCGCUUAUUCCUCGAUAUUCCCGAAGAACAAGGGGUUCUCCAACUUCGAUCUGAUCCAACUGUGGAUCUCCAACGGGUUUAUCCAAUCCAGCGGAAAUAACCAGGAGCUGGAAGAGAUCGGACGGCAGUACUUGGAGGAGCUGUGUUCGAGAUCCUUCUUCGAUGUUGUCGGGGAAAACUAUCCAGCGGUGAUCUUCCGAAUGCACGACCUCAUUCACGAGCUUGCCAUUUCUGUGGCACAAACCGAAUCAUCCAACAUGAAAGUGCGCGUGCAGGAUAUUUCCCCGACGACUCGGCAUGUAUCAUUUCCGGACCUAUCUCUUCUACCAAAAGAUGAAGUAAGCCGCUGCUUGAGCAAACUCAGCGGCGUUCGUACCAUCUUCUUGUCUGAGAGGGGUUCCUCUGGGGAGUUCUUUCUGGAGAGGUGCAUUUCGCGAUUCAAGCACUUGCGAGUGCUAUGGCUAGAGGAGUCUAGCUUCGACCAGCUGCCUAGUUCCAUUGGCGGUCUAAAGCAUUUGAGGUGUCUUAGUUUGCGCCGCAACGACAAUAUCGAGAAACUCCCGAGUCGAUCUGCGAGCUUUGUAAUCUGCAGUGCUUAG